AUGUCGUCGUCCUUCACGAGGGUCCUGCGCCCCGCGCUGCGGAGCGGGCGCGGGCUCGCGACGCGGGUUGCGAGCAGCACCAGCAGUGGUGUGGCCAGGCAGGCCCCGCGGGCGAACGUCGCCGCCGCCUGCUCCCGUACCCUCUCCACCACCUCGGCCCGCCGCAACGACUCCCCCGUCGACAUCACCGACAUCCCCCCCACGCCCAUCAGCCACCUGUCCGAGGUCGAGGCCGCCAUGGCCGAGUCCGUGUCCAAGUUCGCCUCCGAGGUGGUGCUCCCCAAGGCCCGCGACAUGGAUGAGGCCGAGGCCAUGGACCCGGCGCUCGUGGAGCAACUCUUCGAGCAGGGCCUCAUGGGCGUCGAGAUCCCCGAGGAGUACGGCGGCGCGGGCAUGAACUUCACGUCGGCCAUUAUCGGCAUCGAAGAGCUCGCCCGCGCGGACCCCUCCGUCAGCGUCAUGGUCGACGUGCACAACACGCUCUGUAACACCGCCAUCAUCAAGUAUGCCUCCCCGGCCCUCAAGAAGAAGUGGCUGCCCCGCCUCGCCACAAACACCGUCGCCUCCUUCUGCCUGUCCGAGCCCGUCUCCGGCUCCGACGCCUUCGCCCUCGCCACAAAGGCCACCGAGACCGAGUCCAGCUUCAAGAUCUCAGGCGGCAAGAUGUGGAUCACCAACUCGAUGGAGGCUGACCUCUUCAUCGUCUUCGCCAACCUCGACCCCUCCAAGGGCUACCGCGGCAUCACCGCCUUCCUCGUCGAGAAGGGCACCCCGGGCUUCUCCAUCGCCAAGAAGGAGAAGAAGCUCGGCAUCCGCGCCAGCAGCACCUGCGUUCUCAACUUUGACGACGUCGAGAUCCCCAAGGAGAACCUGCUGGGCGAGCGAGGCCAAGGCUACAAGUACGCCAUCGGCCUGCUCAACGAGGGCCGCAUCGGCAUCGCCGCCCAGAUGACGGGCCUCGCCCUCGGCGCCUUCGACAACGCCGUCCGCUACGUCUGGAACGACCGCCGCCAGUUUGGUUCCCUCGUGGGCGAGUUCCAGGGCAUGCAGCACCAGAUCGCCCAGGCCUACACUGAGAUUGCCGCCGCCCGCGCCCUCGUCUACAACGCCUCCCGCAAGAAGGAGGCCGGCGAGGACUUUGUCCGCGACGCCGCCAUGGCCAAGCUCUACGCAGCCCAGGUCGCCGGCAAGGUCAGCGGCCAGGCCGUCGAGUGGAUGGGCGGCAUGGGCUUCGUCCGUGAGGGUCUCGCCGAGAAGUUUUUCCGCGACAGCAAGAUUGGCGCCAUCUACGAGGGCACCAGCAACAUCCAGCUCAACACCAUCGCCAAGCUCCUGCAAAAGGAGUACACCAACUAA